CUAAACAACCGAAGACAAACAGUUUUGAGGCAACAUUAUGGCGUGUUGCGUGUCUGGCUGUAAAAAUCGGUAUUCUUCUUCUAGUAAGCUGAAAUUUUUCAGAGUACCGUCCGGAUCUCGACCGUUUCAGGCCAACCGGAGACGUUUGUGGCUUCAGGCGAUCCAGAAAGUGAACGGCAGCACCGAGGAGCUCAGCAGAAACGCCCGCAUUUGUGGCGCUCAUUUCAAGUCGAGGGAAGCGUCCAUGGACCACGACAGUCCGGAUUUUGUGCCUUCUGUGUUUACAUACGCUGAACAGACCCACAAGAGAAAAGUGAAAUGGUUUUUUGGUCGUAGAAAAAGGCGACGUCGCACAGCCAAAACAGACGGAACAGGAGAACAAACGGCUCCAUCCCGCUGUGAUUCUCCCGUGGAGCUCCAGUCCUCUGCUUUGACGGAGGACAUACUGACACCAUCAACUCCAUCGAAUGGAGAAACAUUGACCAAAAAGGCUGUGACUGAAAGUGAAACCACACCGAUCAAAACCCGAACAACACCAUCAUUUGAAGCACCAGCAGGCUUCCCAGUGUUAGACAAAGGGAGUCCCAUUGUGCUCCUAAAACAUGUCUAUGCACCAGCAGGUGGGUAUCAGUGUGAUCAGUGCAAUCAGAAAUUCACCAAUGCAUCACAGCUUAUAAAACACAAACAUCUGCACGAAGAAGAAAGCGUCCUUAUGUGUGAAAUGUGUGGAAAGAUUUUCACAAGUCAGGCAGAUUUCACUGAGCACCGGUGUGUCCAGGAGCCGUCCUUUCCGUGCAACAUUUGCGAUCGAUCUUUCGCUUCAAGCCAUAACCUAAAGCGCCAUAAACUGCAGCAUGUCAAAGAUGGCAGGAAGUGCCGUCAGUGUGGUGUACUGUUCUGUCGACGGCAUAAACACAUUUUGUAUGUGCCGCGGACUGAGUCUGUACCCGACUAUGAAGAGGUCACCAACAUGACUGAGCCUCAGAACUUAGACAGCGAUUUGACGCCAGAAAACCAUCUGCCGGAGAAGCCGGAGCCGAGCCAGACUGCUGACCUUGAUGACAAUGCUCAGAGCACCAUGACUGUUUCGCCUGUCCCCCAAAACUAUAAGGCGCCGUCUCCAGCCUCACACACAGAAAUCCUUCCACCAGUGUUUUUAAUACCUCCCUCUCUGUCAAGUGUACCUCCGCCGGUCCCCAGGAUCCCACAGCAGCCGGACACCUCUCCUCAUUAUGACUAUCCUGUGGCCUCCAUUCAGCCCCUCCCCCAAGAUAUACAACUCCCACCCUCACUGAAGAUGUUUUCACCACAGUACCUCACCUCAGCGUUACUUCAGGUUCAAAGAAAUUAUGAAUAUAUUUUAAGCAAACCGGGAGUUGUCAAGAAUAAGAAGAAUAUUGUGAAAGUGGAACAUUGCGAGCUGCCCGUGAUUUCUCCAGCUGAGCAAAGCAUUGAGCACGUCAAAAAGGAAAGGACUGCUUAUGAUCUGGAGAUUGUGCUUUGAUUGAAACAGUGAAGGGGAAUAUAUCACCCUUAAAACCAAACAGUGACUAUGUUCACAUGCACAAUAAUGGUCCACUAUUAUCUCAAAUUUAAAACGGUCAUGUGAACAGUGUAUUCCAUAUGGAUAUUUCAAAAUAUGCCUUUUAUGGAAUGGAGCAAAUUCAGAUGAGGCCUUGGGAUAUGCUGGUAUUAUUUGGGUUUUAAAAGCAUUAUUUGGACAUGUGUUUGGAGCAUCCAGGAGCUUCUUAAUUGGGGCUUUUACAGCAACUUGCAAAACAAAGCCUCUUGCCUGUUUACGGUCAGUGAUGUGCAUUGUCAUGAAUGCGUUGUACACAAACCAAUAGUUUGCAAGGCUGUGUAGAAGAGAUGCAUUCCCAAAAGCAAAGUCCAAAUUUCAGUUUGGAAGGAGAAACACACCUACUUUUAAACAUUAUGAAAGACUUGGCUAUUAACAGGUUUUUCAGUAUAUGGAGGCUGAAAGAGAGGCUGUGUUCACACGGUCAAACAAGUCUGCCAACGAAAAUGAAAAAAUUCUGUCUUGAUGCAAAAAAAAAACAAAAUGCCACAAGCAGCUCCAGCCGUUCCACUAUUACAUAUUUUAACGUGAUAAACGUGCACAGCUGCGUGAAAUGGGAGUGUUAGUGGAAUACUCAUUUCCAUUGGCCACUUAAACAGCUCGACUGGAAUAUUGUCCUUUUCAGAAUAAGAGCAAAAAUAUGAAUAUUUUGUGCAUGUAAAUGUAGGCCGUGAACGAGUCCUGUAAUUUGUUUCACGACAAUCCAACCUCAGCUGUCAAACUGCCGUCAGUCGUAAUGUUUGACAUUUCACGACCACUAAUACAAAGAGUUGUAUCAUAAAAGCUAAAAGUUCAUUCUGUCAAAACACGAGUGUGUUCAGUAGACACUACAGCUAAAAGCUCAUUUGGGCUCAUUCUGUUGCCAGUAAACCACAUGUAUGCUCUCCGUAUGGCAUAAAGUGGUCACAUUUUGGGUUCCUUUGAUUAUACAUACACUGUGAAUGUGUUGCUGCUCACUUGGGUUCGGCCCAAUCUGAUUCAGCACACACAUAUAUAUAUAUAUAUAUAUAUAUAUAUUUUGGAAUGUCUGACCUCACAAAGCUGCUGUUUUUAUAUUGAAGAGUUCUGUAUUUUGGAUACAGUUCCUUCUUAAUCCCUGAUGAGGUGAAAUUAAUUUUUUCCACUGUUGUUUGGUAAAUAACACUGUUCGAUAAGUUCGCAGAGUCUGUUACUGACCUGGAUUUUUAAACUGUGCACCAGGUGGCAUCUGGACUGCAGGCUAUGUUCUGUAUUUAGCCGUUUGUGGGUAAAUAACCAGUUAAGUCUGUGAGCAAAUGCACAUCAUGAGUAUCAUUAUCUUUAUUAGAUUUGUCAGUAAAUUCAGUUUUCUUAUCUACCUCAGCGACCAGGAUCCACAGACAGUUUGUUGCUUUAUAAGUAAAGAAAUAUAUUUGCACAGAACAAACAUUUUUCCCCAUGCAUCUUCAAAUAAACUAUAGCGAUGCCAGUAUUUGUGGUACAAAAGUACUGCAUUUUUGAGAUGCAUUGUGUAGACUGAAAUCUGGAAGUGGCAGAAAGCAGGGUGGCGUAUUCAAAGAGGGAACUACCUUUCAGAGACUUGUUUUUCCUGUAAGAACAAGCACCGAACCUGUUAAACUGAAAGUGAGAGACACUAUUUCCCCGCCUGCUGCAGGGCUGCUGUUCUGUAGCUCACACUGACUCCCGAGACUCUGUUAAGGGAGACAAGUUAAACGUAUUGCAUCAUUUUCACAUUACUUUGGAUGCAAAACACUGAAGCUACAGGUUUUAAAAUAGUUUUUAUAUCAGCUUGCUGGUUAUCUUGUUUUUGUGCGUUUUUCUUUUAUCUUUUUUUCCUUUGCCUUGUGCACUGUUGUAGCAUUUCAACCAGUAACAUUAAAACUCAAUUAAAACCAAUCAUAAUUCCAAAUUAUAAGUACUGUUGUAUAGAUGUAACAUCUACAAAAAAAUAACAAAUCCACAUUGUGUCCAUAUCAGUCUGAUUCUUACUCAGACACACAACUGGAAGAAAUAAACUGUACGAUGUGUCUAACCUAAAAGAUCUGUACAUAACUAUAUCUGCAUAAAUAAAGUG